AUGGCAAUGAGAGGAAUCCAGCUUGGCCUUCGGGUCUGGCAGUUCAUCUGGACACUGCUCGUCAUGGCCCUCAUCGGUAACAUGAUUGCUCAGGCCUUUUCUGGCAACCCCGCGACGGUCAACUACGCCAUGUUCGUUGCGGCCUUCUCCAUGUUCACGCUCUUCUAUCUCUUCCCGGCAUCUUGGAACCCCGACUGGGCCAUCCACCCUAUCAUCCUGAUCGGCCUCGACACUUUGAACACGAUCUUCUUCCUGACCGCUGCGAUUGCUCUCGCGGCCAAGCUCGAGUGCCACAGCUGCAACAACCGGGAAUACAUCCUCAACAACGAAAUUACCAACGGCUCGCUUGACCCUGAGAAGCGCUGCCGUGAGGCUCAGGCGUCGACUGCCUUCCUGUGGUUCGCGUGGGCUGGGUACACCGCUUCAUGGGUUCUCUCUAUCCUCCAGUCGCGCCGUGCUGGUGCAAACCUGCGCCCUCGUGUUGGCCCUGCCCGCGGAAGCGGCCGUCCCACCAUGGCCCAGGUUUAA